AUGGAAGACCACAAACCACAAAAGUCCAAGAUGAGUGAAGUAGCACACUCCAACGUUGUCGUCAUCGGCGGAGGCAUAGUCGGUGCCUCCAUCGCCUGGCACUUGUCAUCCGAAACCAAUGUUACCGUCAUAGCUGAAGACAUCGGUGGUGUGGCAACACCCAACUCAUUCGCCUGGCUCAACGCCGCAUCGACAGACAAAAAGUUCUACUAUGAUUUUCGUCUUCGCUCCAUGAAGCGAUGGAGAGAAAUCGAGCAAGCUCUAGACUCGCUCCCAAUUCAAUGGGGAGGCACGACUACAUGGGAUAAAUCACCCGAGGAACUCGAAGCUGAAAAGGUUAAUGCUUCAGCUUGGGGUUACGAUGUUAUUCGUGUUGACAAGACGGAGAUCUCUGAGAUUGAACCUUAUAUCGAAGAGACUAUUCUGCCGGAAUGGGGUCUUGCGUAUGCACAGGAGGGAGCUCUUGAAGCAGAGAUAGCGGCUCGUCAGAUGAUUUCUCAAGUCGAAGAAAGAGGAGGAAAAGUCAUCGAAACAAAAGCAAAGGGUUUCACCAAGACUGAUGGUCGUGUCAGCGGUGUUGUGUUGACGUCUGGAGAGACUCUUGCUGCUGACCAUGUCGUCGUGGCUGCUGGUCUGGGAAGUGUUGCAUUGCUCGCGACAGAGAACAUCAAAUUACCACUCGACAGCUCAGAAGGUCUUUUGGUAAAUACAAAACCAACAUCCAAAAGACUUAUCAACGGCGUUAUAAAUGCUCCAGAACUUCACGUCCGUCAAACAGUCGAAGGUGCCCUUCGUUUUGGAUCUAGCUACGCGGGUGGUGAUCUGGGCGACGACGCCGAAACACAAGCCCUUGAACUCUUUGCCAAACUCCAAAAGUCAGUUGUCGGCGGAGAAGAACUUGAGUAUAGUCACUAUACCAUUGGGCAACGAGUUUUACCAGAGGAUGGUCUACCUAUUCUUGGAGAGACUGGGUUGGAGGGGUUAAGUGUUGCUGUUAUGCACUCUGGGGUUACUAAUGGUGCUCUUGUUGGUGAGCUUUUGAGUAAGCUGAUUUCGACGGGAGAGAAUGAUCCUAUUUUGGAAAACUUUGGACUUGACCGAUUUCAGUGA